AUGGACUCUUCCCUCCAAGAUAUCCUAAAACUUGCUUUCAACGAGCUUAUAAAGGAUGACCUAAAUAAGCUAGCUAAGCAGCAGAUAGAGCUUUUAAAUCUCCAAAACGAAGAAAUAGCAAGCCAUCUACAAUCUGAGCUAAGAAAAGUAGGAAAUAAUAAAAGAAAGCAAACCCUAGUAGACUGUCUUACAAGCACAGUCCUUUGGAGAUUGUAUCACUCUUUUAACUAA